UCUGUAUGAGAGGCGUCUUUGGUGCCAUUCGACGGUGCCUUCCUUUCAAUUCAGCUUGGCUUGAUGGAUGUCAAAGGGAUGGUUAUAAAGGUGAGUCGAAAAGGAGGGAUUUGUUUGACAACUGGUUGUUUUUCCACCCGUUUCCUUGACUCAAUCGAAGUCGAUCGUCUUGCCACGACCGCCCCUGUCCGCUAUGUCUUUGAAAAGACCCAGGGAAGGAGUAAACAAUAGAGUAAAUGGCAGAAAUAUCGUGGUUGGGUCGGAGUUGAAUAUGCACUCGUCGGGUGCAUGAUGCAAUUCAGCUUAGUCCGAUACGCCCGUUGGAUUGAGGAGGGUGAAAACUUAGGAGUGAAUGUCCGAACAGACAAACCGCUGCAGGCAAAUGGCUGGCGGGCAUUCUGGUUUGAUGAGCGAGCGAAGCGACACGAAACGAAACAGCCACUCUCGCUCUCUACUCAGUAGUAUAUGAAGCAGGCUUUGUGUAUCUAAAUUGGCUCACUCUCUCUCAGCGAUUGUUUUCCCGCCGCCUCGUCAUGAUACCAACAACAACGUAUCGGCAUCGAGGAACACAUUGUUUUCGUGUUUCAAACAAGCGGGUAUAUUUUGUUGUCCUUGCUGUUUUAUCCACUGGAUUCACCUGUGGGCCCAUUUGUCUGUUUGCCUCGUAGAGGAUAUCUUCCACUAGGGUAAGUGUCUGUGGUUGCACCCGGGGUCGGUUCCCUCCCGUGUGUUCCGCUCU